AAUGAAUUUAUUUUAAUAAAAACUCAUUUAUAAAUUACUUACAACGAUAUUUUAUACAAAAAAUGAAACAAAGAAAUGUCUUGCGAAACAAAUAUCAUGGAGCCGCUGAGUUACUCCAGCAACAGAUUUUGGGCAAAAAUGGCCCUCAUAAUAUAUGCAUUAUGGUAACUGAAGAGCUGGUACGCAGAAAAUCUGAGCACAAUGAAUUGCUUAUUAGCACAUUAGAGGAAUUAUCGUUGCAUCAGGAGGAUAUCGAACGUAUUGAGCAUUUACAAAAUUGGUGUCGAGAUUUGAAAAUUUUGCUCCUACAAUCGAAUCUUAUAGCGAAAAUUGAAAAUGUAUUCAAGUUGAAGAGUCUCGAAUAUCUGAAUCUGGCUGUGAACAAUAUCGAACGUAUUGAAAACUUGGAAAAAUUGGAAUCGUUGAAUAAAUUGGAUUUAACAUUAAAUUUUAUCGGUGAACUGACUUCUAUUGAAAGUCUUCGCGAUAAUUAUAAUUUAAAGAAUUUAAUUUUAACCGGCAAUCCGUGCUGUGAUUAUCCAAACUAUCGUAAGUAUGUUAUAGGCACGUUGCCGCAAUUGGACGAAUUAGAUGGUGAAGAGAUUACUAUAACUCAUAAAUUACAAGCUAAACACAAUUUAAAAGAAUAUCGCGUUAUUAUUGUUCAAUGUCAAAUUGAUUAUGCAAUGAAACGUGAUGAACAAAAAUUACGAUUUCUUCAGCAAAAAGAAAAUCUUGUACAUCAUAUGUCGAGCAUAGAAGAUGAACAUGAAAAAAUGAAAACUUUUUGGGACUCGAAGAGUGAACAUUGUCCCGAAAUACGUUAUGAAAUUGCGAAAUAUCAUCGUCAAGGUCAAGAAAAGGGAACGACAACAAAGAACGAGAAAGUAUUACAAAAAAAAGUAGUGCAAUUAUUUGCACCUUGCGGACGUCCAUACAAUAUGAAUAAACCCCAAUUACCGUUCAAGCUAAGCGAUGAAGAUUCCCAAUAUAUAUUAAAGUUGGAUGUUUAUAAAUAUUUGGAUACAUCUUAUAUUAAAGUUGACGUUGAAGUUAAUUAUAUACGUGUUACGGUCAAGGGGAAAAUUUUCCAAAUAGCCUUAACUGAGGAAGUCAAACCGUCCGAGGCUAGCACGCAGCGCUCUCAAAUUACCGGACAACUUGUCGUAAACGCCCCAAAGUUGCAUAUUAAUGAGGCAUUAUCGGUGAAAUCGACAAAACGAUCCAAUCAAACAGACGGUUCCGAAAAAUUAUCCGAACUGAAGGGUACAGUUGAUAUACAGAAUAUCUAUCAGAAAUCAAAUACAAGCGAAAUACCACAUUUAAUAUAA